AUGAACACAGCCAGAAGACCAUUUACCUCCCUCCUUUGCAUACUGGUUGCAGUAGCAUCUCUAUACACGACUGUUUCAGCAACUGAGGUCGAACGUCAUUUGCAAUUUGGCAACGAACCCGAUUUCUUCCUGCCCGAUGUCGACCUUUGCGAUAACAAUGACGAUCCCAACGGUCGUGCCUUGCUAGGAAGAUGCGACACUUCUAAAUUCCCAAACUGCGGCGGUGACAUUAUCUGUUACAAUCGAAAACCAGCCAGAGAUCAAUUUUGGCCAGAUAUUCAUCAACCAGUGUUCUACAUUCAAUACGACCGCAUCCUCUGUUAUCCCAGAAAGUGGAAUGCUUGCAGUUCUUGCACGCCUGGAAGAUACUGCAAGAGUGAGAAACGAUGUAUUCUAGAAGAAAAUGGUUACCCUUGCGAGGAAUGGAUCUAA